ACAUUCCUCUAUAUAAGAAGAGGCAACCUUUCUUUGUGCCGCUUUUUGUUUCUUGUGUUGUUGUACGAAGGUUCUUAGUCAGUAUGUCUGGUCGUGGAAAAGGCGGGAAAGGUUUGGGCAAGGGAGGUGCCAAGAGGCAUCGCAAGGUGCUUCGUGACAACAUCCAGGGCAUCACGAAGCCUGCAAUCCGCCGCCUGGCUCGCCGUGGCGGAGUCAAACGUAUCUCGGGCUUGAUCUACGAGGAGACGCGCGGCGUGCUGAAGGUGUUUCUGGAAAAUGUCAUCCGCGACGCUGUCACUUACACCGAGCAUGCCAAGAGAAAGACUGUUACUGCUAUGGAUGUCGUGUACGCUUUGAAGCGCCAGGGUCGUACUCUGUACGGCUUCGGUGGCUAAUUCCUAGAUAUCAAGGCUGCAACUUGCAAGCUAAAGGCCCUUUUAAGGGCCGCCUACCUAUUCAUGAAAAGAGUUGUAAACUUGCCAUAUUGUCUAUCAUGGCUAUACUUAAUCCAAAACUUUAGACAGUGGUUUUCAAGGUACCGGUAAUUGG